GUUUACUCCGAGCCUUCGCCUUAAGUGGUUGACUUUCGCAAAUCCGGACUAGGUGCUUAAAGAAAUUGUUUUAAAGUGGCAUUUAUUUGAAAUGUAUUUGGUUUAAAGUGCUACUAAAAUGUAAACUAAUGGCUUAAAAGUGCUAGUAACAUGUAAAGUGAUUAUACAAGUUCGAAUAUGUCAAACACGUAUUCUUAGGAACAAAUGAAACUAUUAAAAUAAAUAGUUCUUCUAAUGUUAUAUAAAAAUUGUUCCGGGUGUAGCUUUCUUGGAAGUAUUAUUAGUUGCUUAUCAAGAACUCAGCAGUGCUAAUCCAGAAAACUAGUUUGCUUUAAGCUCCCACAUUAAGUGAAACACAUUAAGUGAAGCAUUAAGUGGAAACAAGUUGAGACUGUGAAAGAGUAUAAAACAUGAGUUCCCACGCCCAGGUGUCCAGCACACCCCCGCCUUCGUAUGAGGAGGCCAUGGGCUGGGCACCACGCAGAUCGCAGAGCACCACGACGCUGCUCCCGCGGAAUACAUCUUCGUUGAUGAUCUGUCCACUGUGCCACGACGAGAUCGAGACGACCACCAAGGUGCGGCGGCGAACGAUCGCCUACGUGGCCUCGGGCAUUGUGUUGUUCACCACCUGCGGCAUGGGAUGCUGGCUGAUACCCUGCAUCCUCGACAGCUUCAACGAGAUCCAUCACUCGUGCCCCGUCUGCAAGGCGAACCUGGGUACGGUACCCCAAUAUGAUCAGAGCUGGCAAACCUAAUUAAUCAUCUGAAAUAUACAUAUAUGUAUAAGUAAUCUUAACUUAAAACUAAGUGAAACUGAGAAACUGAAACAUGAAAAUAGCUCUAAGUUAGCUCUAAGUUAAUACAGAAUUGUGUUGAAUAA